UCAAAACCCAAUAAUCAUCCAAGCGAAGACGAAGGCAAGGCAGGAUCUCCUUUAGUUCUUGUUUCAGAGGGUAAAAAUUUCCAGGGAACUUGGUUCUUUUCAGAAAGAGUUUUUUACACCCUCCCACCUGCUUUUCAAAAUCCACCAACCACAAAAUUUACUCCAUCCCCCUUUUUUCUCACUCCCUCUCUCUUUUUAGCAGCAACAUACAAGCCGGCCAUAUUAGAGAGAUGGAAAUAAAGCUUCCUUAAUGUUGUAUGUGUCUUUGAAGUACAUCCGUGCAUUUUUUUUUAGCAUCUAACCAUUCCUCCCUUGUAGCCCUCGGCCCCCCAAAUCACCCUCCCCUACAUCCCACCCGACUAACAUCUCACUCUGAAAAUGCACAGAGACGCCUGGCUACCUCGCCCUGCCUUCAGUCUCACGGGGCUCAGUCUCUUUUUCUCUUUGGUGCCACCAGGGUGGAGCAUGGAAGUCACAGUACCUACCACCCUCAAUGUCCUCAAUGGCUCUGAUGCCCGCCUGUCCUGCACCUUCAACUCCUGCUACACAGUGAACCACAAACAGUUCUCCCUGAACUGGACUUACCAGGACUGUAGUAACUGCUCCGAGGAGAUGUUCCUCCAGUUCCGCAUGAAGAUCAUUAACCUGAAGUUGGAGCGGUUCCGAGACCGCGUGGAGUUCUCGGGGAACCCCAGUAAGUACGAUGUGUCAGUGACACUGAAAAACGUGCAGCUGGAGGAUGAGGGCAUCUACAACUGCUACGUCAUGAACCCGCCUGACCGCCACCGUGGCCACGGCAAGAUCCACCUGCAGGUCCUCAUGGAAGAGCCCCCUGAGCGGGAUUCUACGGUGGCGGUGAUUGUGGGUGCCUCCGUGGGGGGCUUCCUGGCUGUGGUCAUCUUGGUGCUGAUGGUAGUGAAGUGUGUGAGGAGGAAAAAAGAGCAGAAACUGAGCACAGAUGACCUGAAGACAGAGGAGGAGGGCAAGACAGAUGGAGAGGGCAACGCGGACGAUGGCACCAAGUAAUAGGCGGCUGGCCCUGCAGCCCCUCCCUUGUGUCCUGUCUUCCUCCCACUCUGCCCUGCACAGUGUGCCCCUGCCUGCCCUCUCUUGGUGUGCUUCUCUUGAACCGGGAUCCCAGGGCUGACCUGGGGCCUCCUGAACCCCUCACUUCGUACCCCCCACCCUGCACCAAGAGUGACUCACCUCUCUUUCAUUUGAGAAACCUGCCAUGGCGUCUGGGAUGUGUGGGCCCUGGGAGAAGUGGGCUCAAAACUGCCAGUCCCUGAGAGGAGGCAGGAGGCAUGUAUGAGGGUUCCAGAGAGAAGGUGGAGGGUGGGCAGUGGUGGAGGAGGAGGGCAGCUGUUCAGCCUGCCCAGUGCAGGGACUCAUCUGGUGGCGGCUUCAGAGAGGACCUGUGGUUGGGGGAAGGGCUUUCCUGUGCUGCUUCAAGAAGCCUGGGGUUGGGGGGCAUUGCUCUGCUCCCUGUGCUGCUCCCAGCCCAGGGCAGCCCUGUCAGGCUGGGGCUGGUGACGGGUUCCUAUAACUUGGGUGGGGGGCAUGUUGAAGGGACGACUGGGUAUUUCUUGGGCAUUGAAGGAAAGCUGGGGCUGGGGGCAAAUGGAGACAAGCCUUGGCCCAGGGAGCUGUGCUCUCACCCCCUUCUCCAUUGAUGGCAGCUACCACAGAAGCCUCGUGGUUUUCCGUUGGCCGCUAAUCCCUUGGGAUUUUGGCGAGAAUAGGGCUGAGGAGGUGCUGAGCUAGGCCAUGGGUGGGUCGUGUUGUUCCAGGCAGUGGUCAUUUUCCACCAUGGUUACACACCAACAGGAGACGAAUUUCAAUCAGCUGAGGGACUGAGGGGGUGGGGGCACUAUCGUAAACCGGAGUUUGUUGCAGACUGCCUUCUCCAACAGGAUGACCACCAUCGGCCUGGGCCAGGAGCAGCCAAGGUGCAGAGAUGAGGUGGGGUGGUAGCCACGGCAGAGGAGUCCACAUGCAGAGUGGGGGCUUCAUUCGGAGCUUCUGUUCAGACUUUCCCAGUUACCCUCAGUGGGGUUUUCAUCUGGCUUUUGGCUAGAGACCAGGGAAGGGAAUGCUCUGAGGGAAGCAGAGGGGAGAUCCUAUGGCCAUGUCACACCUGGAGCCAUGUUACACCCUCCCCCGCUCCAACAACUCCCUCUUUGGGGAAGAAAGUAGCAUUUGUGGGGAGCCAACUUUCACUGCCAUUUUACUCACAUUAAGAGGGAAUUGUUUAAGCCUCAAGAGAGGGAGAGAGACAGAGAGAGAAACUGCUGACAUGGAGAACACUACCUUGGAAGACGCUAGAGAUCAACUAGCCAAGUCACUCAUACUACAGAUGGAGAAACUGAGGUUCAAACUGACAGAAACUGAGGAUCCUGCCAUCGCCUGGCUCCUCAGUCUCCAGUUUGAAUCAACAGAGCCAUCGUUUUCCCGGUGGGAGGGGUCUCUGCAGACUGGUAGAUGAGGGAGGUGAGGUGAGGGAGGUGGGCUCAUCCAGCCCUGCUCAUCUCCCAGGAGCCCUCCUCAAUUGCCCAGGAGCCCCGCCCCUCCAGGCUGUGACUGAGGCAGGGAAGGACUGAUGGGAGUAAGAGGGCAGAGCUGUUGGCAAUGCCCCAUUCCCACCUAGGCUGACUCUCUUCGACACUUCCCAGCCUUUCCAGGAGCUCAGCCCCUGCCCCAGCUGAGGGAGUCAGUGCCCAGGGCAGGAAGGAGUCUGGAGUAAGGGAGUGGAGACAGGACUGUGACAGCCUCAGGGACUAUUCUCUCCCUCUGCCCAUCAUCAGAUGGCCAAUUUGGGGUGAGAGCAAUAGCAUACGGGAGAUUCAGUUUAAUUCACUUCAAUUCAACAACCAUUUAUUGAGCAUCUGCUACGUGCCAGGCACUGUGCGGGGUGCCGGGGACACACACAAAGCCAUAACAGAGUUGGGAACUGCCAGGUCAGCACUGUGGGGACCAAGAUUAAUUUUUUAGUGCAUCUAAUUCCACCACUGCAGCCACUGCUUCCAGGGCUGGAGUUGGGGAAGAAGGAAGAGAUUCCAGAAUCUUGGCCCUGGGAAGGAAGGAAAGAAGGAAGAUACAACAGGGAAGAAGUAAGAGGCCAGGUGGAGUGGGCACAGAGUGAGGGAUGGGCAGCCAGCCCGCCAGCUCCUGGGUGGGUGGACCUAGCCCAUCUGGAAAUUCUCUCAUCGGCUCAGUACCUAACUGCCAAUCAACACACUGCCAAAGGAGGUGGGCUAAGCCACCAGGAUGCCUGGGGCAGGUGGACACUACUCAUCCUUUGAGCCAACCAGCUGAGAGGGAGAGGUGGGUGGUGGGCACCUCAUGCCAACUGAGACCGGGGGUGGUUGUAUUACACUUCUGCAGCUUGCAGAUUUCACUUUUUGGCAACCUCUUAAGUACCCUCCUCUCUCAGGGUGAGUGAGGAUCUGUGCUGAUGCUGGGAACUUUUCUUUUUCCAGGACUCAUAACAUUUAGCGCGAUUAUUUGCAAGAUUCCCUAGGUUUGUUCUAAGUCCUAACUCUCCAUAAAGAAGCCUGAGACUUCCAGGUUCCUUCCUUUCUCUGCCCUGCCUUGGGAGAGCAGUGCUUCUCCAUGGGUCUCAGUGGCCUGAGCAGAUGGGGAUGGGCCAGGAACCACCUUUGCCCCAGGUGCCCCCCCUCAUAUGCACUUACUUCUUGAGCCUCCUAGAAUCUCCUCCAGGGGUCUCCUAGAGCUGCCUCCCCCAGGACAAUGAGGUUGAGAACAAAAUGGGGCUUCUGUGAGUAGAGGUGGGAAAUCGGUGAGAUGUUUCCAUAGCAGCCAUUUCUCUACCCUGCUAUCUAGUCUACACCAGCAAGCUGUUCUGCUUACUGUGGAGUUCAAGCCCCACUCGUGGCUGCAUGUUCCCAUCACUGCACUCUGCUGGGUUCAGUCUGCUGGUUUUCUCAACUGCCCUGCCUCUCUUCCUCUCUCAGACCCCGUAUCUGUCUCUUCCUCCUAAUUAAGGGCCACUAUGAAGAGAGAUGGACUGGCCGACCCAUGGGAUUUAGCUUAUAAGAACAAAGCACAAUUUUUCAGGACUGAAAUGCCUUGAGGUGCCUUGGAGCUGGCUUUGGAAAUAGCUAUCUGCCCCGUAGCUAUGGACUAAUCACAAUUAUUCCCAAUUAUAAAAAGGAAAAGCUGAUUGGAUCCAUAUUUCUCCCUGUGUGCCUCCUUGGGGAGGUUGGGCUGGUAAAUAGUUACAAAGUCAGGUUAAGCGGAUGGACAAUUGGAAAUACUGGCCAGGUCCAGAAGGACAGUCCCAGGUCGUAGGAACGGCUUGGUGCAGUUGGAACGGGUGAUGAAUCAAGAAAUUCUCCUUCCUACUCAUGUCUUAAGGAUAGACAGCCUGUGUCUCUUGCUGUGCCUCUUGCUGAUGUCUUCCUUUAUUGAAGCUUGCUGAUGCAUUUGUAUAUAAUCUAUAUAUAGGUAUAGAUAUAUUAUAUAUACCAAUAUAAAACAUCUCACUAUACCCACCCCAAAAGUUACAUUGUUGGGGGGGGGGGACACAAUCAUUUCUCAGUGUUUUGAGUUGACUCACCAAAGGCAAAUUAUGGAAUGUUCUUACUGCUCUUUGUGCACUUGGAUGAGAAAACCUAACUACUUAUGCACUUUCUAGGUUUGAUGUGCUAUAUGGUGGUUGGAAGAGGUGAUGGGGAGGCAAACUUAAAUGGUCCUCUGUGCUCCGACUGCUGUGAUGUGUCUGCUUUUUGGAUCGGACUGAGUUUCUUUUGUAGUUUGUCUUAUCACUUGAAUCUAUUGGCUACAAUAAACAGAUCAUCUCCCCUGAA